AUGAAAUUAAAAAGUGUAUUCAGAUCAGUUCUAAAGUACCGGAAAACAAAUUUGAGUUUGCUUCUAUUAAUCACCUAUUCGAUUAUUACGUUACUCUAUAUCUUUGAUCAUGAACGUUAUAAACUCAAUCUACCAAAAGAGGAUGAGCACCCUGAAUUCAAUGACUUAUUAGAAACAGCAUGGGGGGACUUACAGAUUAUCACGGCCUCUUUUCAUCCGUACACGUCCAAAGAAAAUGAUAAAGUACAUGAUUACUUGCUCAAAAGGGUUCUUGAAAUUACAGGGAAUUCUUCGUUUGCAAGUGUUUCAGAUGACAAAGAAAGCGAGAGAUCCAUAUUAUUUCAGCAACAAGAUCCUUUCAAUGAGUCAUCUAGGUUUUCGAGAGUGACAUAUUUUGAAUCUUCUAAUAUAUUAGUUAAGCUUGAGGGUAAAAAUCCUGAGGAAGAAGGGUUACUUCUUUCAGCUCAUUUCGACUCUGUACCCACAGGAUAUGGAGCUACCGAUGACGGCAUGGGUGUAGUGUCUUUACUAGCGAACCUCAAGUACCAUAUAAAGCACAGACCGAACAGGACUUUAAUUUUCAACUUUAAUAAUAAUGAAGAGUUUGGCCUACUAGGUGCAUCAACUUAUUUUGAUCACUCAUGGUCUAAUUUAACCAAGUAUGUGAUAAAUUUAGAGGGAACUGGUGCUGGUGGUAAAGCUGUACUGUUCCGAACUUCAGAUACUUCAACAGCAAGAAUAUACCAACAGUCUGUUAAGGAAAAUCCAUUUGGUAACUCUAUCUACCAGCAAGGUUUUUAUAGCAGAUAUGUCAGGAGUGAGACAGACUACAAGAUUUACGAAGAAAAUGGCAUGAGAGGCUGGGAUGUCGCAUUCUACAAACCGAGAAACCUUUAUCAUACCAUAAAGGAUUCAAUACAAUAUACCUCCAAGGCAUCUUUAUGGCAUAUGCUACAUACUUCCUUACAAUUAAGUGCAUAUGUGGCUUCUAAUUCAUUGGAUACAGCUGACCAAACGCCGGCUUGUUAUUUUGAUUUUAUCGGUUUGAAGUUUUUCGUUAUAAGCGCUAAAACGCUUUUCUAUUGGAACUGCAUAUUUCUAUUAGUUUCACCCGUUGUGGCCAUUGGCUUGUAUUUAAUUUCUCGUGAUAGAAUGACUUGGAAAUCUUAUUCAUGGCUAUCGUGGACACGCUUUCCUCUUUCAUUAGCCGCUGGUAUUAUUGUCCAAAAGCUUUUCUCUAACGACAUAAUUCGUUCCAAUCCUUUGACGUUCUCAAGGAACUACUUUUGGCCUAUCUCGGCUUUUUUCACUCAAGUAAUUUUUACCAGUUAUGUUCUGAUUAAUUGCUCCAAUUUUUUUUUCCCCUGUGCCGAUAUGAAAAGCCUAUCAAUUAUCGAAUUGUUCAUUAUUUUAUGGACCAUUUUACUUUUUACGUCGAAGUUAUUGUAUAGUUCCGACUAUAGGUAUACCGGGCUUUAUCCUCUCUCGAUUUUCUUUCUUCUGAGCACAAUAGCUGCUAUAUUGAGACUACUUGCACUAGCGUUGGGAAUGAGAACAAGGAAGAGGCUUGGUAGAGAAUGUAGGGACCAUCACUCCAAUUACAGCUCCCAUUCUCAAAUAGAUAUGGAACGAGACGGUCAGGAAAACUUGGAACAACCCCAAGAUCAACUUACAUCGUCACAAGACGAUCAAGCAAGUAUCCAAGAUGAUAAUGUGUCAACUACUUCAGCUGGCCCAUCACAUAAUGUUGACGAGGAUCAUGGUAUGGAUUCAUCGUCACAACAACAUGAUGAAAGGGUACCAUUACUGAAGGGGUCUAAUAGCAUGGAGGAAGGAUUGAGUACUAGAGAAAAUUCUCUAAAACUUGAGUAUACCGAUUAUGCCUGGAUCAUUCAAUUUUUGCUAAUUGUACCAAUACCAUCAUUUAUUUUGUUUAACAGUGUGGAUGUUAUCAUGGACGCACUAAACCAUACUGUCCAGGAAGGAAGUAAGGCUACAUUUGAUGUACUCAGGUUCGGAAUGGUGGGCAGUAUUUUGAUCGCGCUACCAAUUUUACCUUUUUUCUAUAAGGUCAACUAUAUCACAAUUUCUUUAACUGCACUGCUUUUCUUGAUUUCCGCAUCCAAAACGCUCCUAGUGCACCCCUUUACCAAUAGUAACCCAUUAAAAGUAAGGUUUUCUCAAAAUAUUGAUUUGUCUCAAGGGAACGCUGCCAGUGUACAUGUCCUUGGAAGAGAAGGAAAUUUUUUAAAACCUAUGCUGCAAGAUUUACCAAGUAUAAAAUAUAGCUCUACACAUAUUAACUGUACUUCCGUAACCAAUGGAAUGGAACUUUGUAUGUAUGAUGGAAUGCAACCUAAUUUAUUGAGCACGAAUGGAAAUACGAACAUCAGCAGUAUGGUCAAGGUUCAUGUUUUACAUAAUAACCGAAACUCAACAGAGAGAUCUCCUUACGAACCAAUAGUUGCAGAGUUACUUUUGGAGGUGAAGGAGAACAGGGCUUGCACUUUAACUUUUGAAAGUAGACAUCAGGCGAAGUCACCUGUCAGAGAAAUCACGGUAUAUCAAAAGAAAAAUUCGGCCCCACAGAAAGCUAAUAUCACGAAGACGAUCAAGUCUGCUUCUGGCAUAAACGAACUGCAAUUGCAUAAACUUGAUUUCGAUCAGGAAACUUACCAUAUCGGAGUCCAGUGGUUUCCAAAACUUUUGACGGAUGGAAAUGUAGAGGAUGACAAGUUGGGGACAAAAGACGAACUGUCUGUUUCUAUUAGCUGUUAUUGGGGAGAAUAUGAUUCGGAAUCGGUUGUAAAUGGUACCGCUGUUAGGAAAAUUCCAGCAUUUGAUGAAUUGAUAAAUUACGCACCUCUAAGUUUUUCCUUUACCAACGAACAGAAAGGAUUAGUUAUUGUCAAGGAUGCUAUAAUUUUAUAA